AUUUGAGAGGACGUGUUUCCAAGUCUUCCAGCAGAUGGCAGCAAAAAAAACCCCAACAACAACCGUACACUUCACAAGUGAGACACCAGGAAAGACACAGGAGAAGCAACAGCGUGGAUCAGCUCUGCUGGCAUCCGACCAACCCCGAUCUGUCGUCACGGCGUCCGGAGACAAGACCAUCCGCAUCUGGGACGUCCGCACCACCAAGUGCAUCGCCACCGACAACACCAAAGGAGAGAACAUCAACAUCUGCUGGAGUCCUGACGGUCAGACCAUCGCCGUGGGGAACAAAGACGAUGUGGUGACCUUCAUCGACGCCAAGACGCAUCGCUCCAAGGCCGAGGAGCAGAUCGAGAUCUCCUGGAACAACGACAACGACAUGUUCUUCCUCACCAACGGCAACGGCUGCAUCAACAUCCUCAGGUCUGUCCAGCAGCCUUCCCCAACACCUGAUCCAACUCAACACCAGGUGGUGAUCAGUUGA